AUGCCUAUCUACCCGGAAAGCUUUCCGGCCCUGGUUCUUGUUUUCACACCUAACGAAAACUGUUCAACAAACGACCAGACAAACAAAAGCGGGCGACAUUCCCCGCCUCCCGCUCUAACAGGGGUUUCUGUCCUACGCAUGGAGUCAGGAUCAAACACAGGUACAUCCUUUUGCGGACAUUCGUAUUAUUAUUCUCGGAGAUCACAACCUAUAUACCAUGUCCUCAGCAGCAGUAUUCUUGUUAUCAGCAUGCAAUUAGCCUCAGAAAUGGAUUUCGAAUCCCCUUGCAAAAUCUCCGCAACAUCCUCAGCCAGCCAUGUGCAGGUAUCCACAGUAGCUCCGAAGGGUGGGGCUCUAGAGGCGAGCGACACGUGA